AUGGCUUCUCCCAAUACUCUCCUCCAGGGGAAGGAAGAGGCAUACGAGGAGAAGAAUGUCCAUGAAGUGUACCAGCAGAUUGCGAAACACUUUUCGUCAACUCGUUAUAAGCCAUGGCCAAUAGUCGAGCGGUUCCUCAAGGAUCAGGCACCAGGUUCCAUAGGGUUAGACGUUGGUUGCGGAAACGGCAAAUAUCUGCCCGUAAACAGGGACGUUUUUAUAAUUGCUUCAGAUAGGUCUGAGAAUCUCGCACGGAUUGCUGUGCAACAUCGGCCACAUUCCACCAUCGUCGCCGACAUUCUUAAUCUACCUCAUCCCAGUUGCUUUUUUGACUUUGUUAUAUCGAUUGCUGUGAUUCACCACCUGUCAACGCCUGCCCGGAGAGUGCAAGCCAUUGCUGAGAUCUUGCGAACUUUGACUCCUACCACUGACCAGCAUCAUGGAGGGAAAGCCUUGGUCUAUGUCUGGGCACUCGAACAGAAGACCAGUCGCAGAGGCUGGGACAAGGGCCAUGAACAAGAUGUAAUGGUACCCUGGGUUAUGAGGGAAAGUCCCUCCGCGGGGAAUCCAACCGAACAGUCCAAAACGUUUCAUCGUUAUUACCAUCUUUAUGAAGAAAAUGAACUCGAGCGUGAUAUAAGUAACGCAGGUGGCCAUGUCCUUGAGUCGGGAUAUGAAAAGGACAAUUGGUGGGCGAUUGCGACUCGGAUAAAGAAAUGA